UUGGCGAGCGUGCUGGAGUACGAUCAGCGGUGGCGAGACUCAUCUGUUGGCACUUCCCCUCUGCACGGCGAGCGGCCUGCACACACUCCUCUUCCCUGGCUAUAUUCUCCUCUCCUACCCUAAACUCUCGCAAUUACUCCACUCUGUGAGAGAACUCAACAAUGCCUGUAGAAGACAAGCUACUUACAGAUGAAAAUGUAGCAAGAAUUCCAGUAGGAAGUAGCCAAGCAGCAAACGGUUAUGCAGGAUCGGUGCCAUGCAAAAGUAAGGCCUGUAUGGAGAUGAACGGGAGCAAUGGUCACCAGACUUCUCAUGACUCUAUGCCUUCUAUGCCAUGGUUUGGAAUGGACAUUGGCGGAACCCUGACAAAGCUAGUAUACUUUGAGCCAACUGACUUGAGUGAGGCCGAGGAAGAAAGUGAAGUAGAAACCAUCAAAAAUAUUCGAAGAUACCUCAAAAGUAAUUCUGCCUAUGGUGAGACAGGUCAUCGAGAUGCUCACCUUCAGAUGGAAAAAGUGUGCGUUGGAAAUCGAACAGGCACACUCCACUUUAUACGCUUCCCCACAUCAGAGAUGCCACAAUUCCUUGAGUUGUCCAAGAGUAAGGGUAUGGCCAGCCUUGCAUCCACCAUCUGUGCUACAGGAGGUGGCGCCUACAAAUUUGAGGAAGAAUUUCAUCGCGUGGGUAUUAAUGUCUGGUGUGGCCCCUCCUGCCCCCCAGCUGCUGGACAAUCCCUUUAUGAGGUGAACCUGACUCUGCACAAAUUUGAUGAACUUGACUGUCUGAUUCGUGGCAUAGAAUAUAUAGAAGACAACAAUAUGGAUAGAGAGUGUUAUUAUUUUCUAAAUCCCCGAAAUGAAGAAACGUGCGAGAAGGUCACAUUUGACUUCAGUGAUCCAUACCCCUUUCUGGUGGUGAAUAUUGGUUCUGGAGUAAGCAUAUUGGCAGCUUAUAGUCCAGACCAUUACAGAAGAGUCUCGGGGACCAGUUUAGGUGGUGGCACAUUCCUGGGUCUAUCCUGUCUUUUAACAGGAUGCAAAACAUUUGAAGAAGCUAUUGAACUAGCAGCCAGGGGAAAUAAUGAAAAUGUUGAUAAAUUAGUGAGAGACAUAUACGGUGGUGACUAUGACAGAUUUGGGCUGAGCGGAGAUAUUGUGGCCAGCAGUUUUGGUAAUAUGAACAGUGCUGAGAAAAGAGCAAAAGUGUCACGUGAAGAUCUUGCAUGUGCAACAUUAAUUACAAUCACAAACAACAUUGGCUCAAUAGCUCGAAUGGUUGCAGCUAACGAAAAAAUUGAAAAGGUGUUGUUUGUAGGUAAUUUCCUGCGUGUAAACCCCAUCUCUAUGAAAUUGCUGUCUCACGCCAUGGAAUUUUGGUCUGGUGGACAGCUGAAAGCUAUAUUUUUAGAACAUGAGGGUUAUUUUGGUGCUGUUGGCUGUAUGUUGGAGCUGAUGCGGACUGGAGAUGCCACAACGUCUUCUUAAGGUUAAACAUUAAUAUUUUAAGGUAAUAUUUAUUGAAAUUAGGUCCAAUUGUAAAUGCUUAAAUAUAGGAGAUAUAUGUGUAUAUAUAAAUAAAUAAUAAAUACAUAUACAGUAUAUAUUUAUAUAUACAUACUGUUUAGUUUACUAAUUUAGGAAAUUUAAUAUAUGCAUUAUAUUGUUUUGUUAGAUGCCAUAGGUAGUGGAUAUUGUUUGUGAUAUUAAAUGUUUAUUUAGUCAUCCUGACUGAUGCACAAGAGAAGCAUUGCACUCUAGUUUACUAAUUUAAGCAACAUAUUUUUUUAUAUAUAUUUGAUAUUGUAUGUUUUUGUAAACCUUGCAAAUAAUGCAACACAAAGAAGGUUAAUACUUGUACACUGCACUCUCGACCAAACAUAAUGCAAGCCUUUGUUAUACUAAUUGCAGUGAAGGCUUUGACUAAGGUUACAAAAGACUGGUUCCCCCCAUAGUCCCACAGGACAUUCUCACCAAACCUCUUGUCAGUCCGGCAGGUGUCUUUUUUGUAACGGUACUCAUUGUGAUACACGUUUAUGGACUAUAAUGCAGCUAAUGCACACCAAAAAUAAAUUAUACUGCUGUACAAAUAAAUAUCUCAAAAAAAACAUUAAUGCACAAUAAUUUAACAAUUGUUUGAAAUUAACAACAGUAAUGUACUGUGUGAUGUAUGUUUAAUUUGAUCUGUCUAUAUUUACGGAAACUUACCUAUUGGACCCAGUCAUGUUUACGCGUAGCCACUGUACCUGCCCAGUGCUCUUUUUCCUCGUGUGAUUUUGCGUUGCAAUUAUCUGGCCUCAUCUGGAGAUUUUCACCUUUUAUUUAUUUAAUUGUUCUAAUUUGGUGUAAGAAUAAUACCGAGCAGCAGUAUUAAUAAAGCUGUAUGAGGUAGAAAGAAAAGAAAGAGGUUAUCAGUGAAGCUUGGGUGGUCAUAAUGUGAUGGAGUACAGUAUUGGUACCAGCAUCUUCUUAAAGAUUUUUGCUAAUUUGACUGUAAAGUGUAGGCAAAUUCAUUGACGGCCUACACUUUACAAUACACUUUUGCAAAAUAAUGCAGUGGCCUAUCACUUAAAUGGAGUGAUUGCGACUGGACCUAUUUAAUUUUACCAAAGAUUUCGGUCCAUUGAGAGUUUUGCCAUUUUUCACCAUUGCAAUGGGUUUGUUUUCCCUUAUCCCAAAUGUCUUUACAUAUGAAUUUUAAAUAUACUGUACAUGAAGAUAAAGUAGGGAAGAAAAUGGAAAAAAAAUGGAAAACUAUUAUAGUAUAUAUUCUUCAUUUACCAUUGAGAAGUGCUUAUUUUUCUUCCUUAAUCUCAGUGGUAGGAAUGAGGGUGUAUAGUCAAUUCAAAACGAACAACAAAAGUGCCACACUAUGCUACUGCAUAAACCAUUUAUUUUUGUAUUUCUUGGCAAUUUUUCACUUUGAAACAUCACCAGAUGUUCUCACCAAGCAUGCUCACAUUUCUCAAUCUGUUUACUCUUUCUUCUUUUUUCCGUGUAAAGGUACUUUUUCAUCCCCAUCCUGUUUUAGACUAAUGUAUGUUGCCGGUAGACAUAUUUUCAAUUCACAAAUAAUAAAAUGGCCAAAGAAAAAUUGGUUCAAAAUCAUUGAGGACUGAGAAGCCUUGCCACACAAUCACAAAAGCAAAAAGCACCUAGCCAGGGCAUGUUCAGUUACAUCCACCACAGAAAGUCUCAUAAACGCUAUUGCAUUUAAUACAAAUUAUGUAAAGAAAUUGUAAAAAAUAAAAAAUUAUUAUUAUAAUUAUUAUUAUUAUUAUUUACUGCCACAGACAAGAAUAUGGCAAAAUCUUUGAAAAAUCUGAAAUAUGGGUUUAUUUUUGGGGUUGUUAGAAUUUUUUUUUUCUGGUUCAACAUGGGUUUCGAUCUGUUCAAGUGAGGUUGCACUAUACAGGGACACAUCAUUCUAGUGUAACAAGGCAAAUGACUUUCACUGCAAAAGUAAGUAAUAUAUAUUUUCAUACAUAUAGUAGUACUAUAUUUACUUUUGUUUAUACAGCUGUAUGACAAUAUUUCUUUGUGAUUUGUGUUAAAAUAUUAAUAGAUUUUUUGUUGGUACCUGUGAAACAAAAAACAUCAAUUUAUUUAAGAAAGGCUGAAUUUAAGCAUUCACAAGAUACAGUGGAAUUUGUCAGGUGGGGUUUGGUAUGAAUUUAAUUCGUUUGACCGGGAGUGUAGUGAGCUUAUUUUCAUGACUUCCUGUUAUAAAUAAUUUUUCCCACCUUUAGUGGCUAUUAUUCUUUACAUAAUGGCCUUAGAUAAAUUGUGUUUAUGGAAGAACGUGCCUUCUGAGUCAGAAAUUUUUUUGUUGAAUUUUCUGAUAUUAAUCUGCUGUAUAUUUCCAGAGGUUCUAUAAAAUUCAGGGCAAGCAUUCAGGUUGAAUAUAAAUAACUUUUUUUUUUUUAAUUUGAUAUAGUUCUGCUUGAAGUAGUGAUAUUGAAAUACAUAAAUUUUAUGUACCUUCUGGAGGCAAAUAAAAAAUAAAUUUUUGGCCAGAUGACCUGCUACAGAACCUUGUAAGGGUUGCAGAUGAGGCUGCAAAGUUUCACCUCUUUCAUGAUACAUGUGGCAUGGUGGAUAGCGUGCCUAACUCAUUUUCUGCUGGGCGAGGGUUAAAUUCCUUGCAAAACAUAUUUUUAUGUUUUGGUUCACAAUGUUGUGGACUUGUAUUUAAGUAGUGAUAAUCAUUAUCAUGUGAACUGGUAGAUAAUUUUAUACUGUACAAACGCCUGCAUAUAUCCAUUUCAUACAAAAAAAAAACUUUCCAUCGAUGUAGUUAUUAGGAAGGGGAGCACAUUGUUAUUUUUUAUUUAACAAUAUUUUGGAAAGAACCUGAAAGUAAGGCAAUAGAUGGCUUAACCAAUUUAUAAAUACACAGAAAGUGCUUUCUUAAGCCCUAAACUAUUUAAUAGUCAUAUAUUAGUGUAGAAUAUUCUAAAUAUCCCCCCCCCCCCAUCCCUCAACCCAUCCCGCACAAAAAUUUAAGCAAAGGCAUCGAUACAUAGGCACCAACCCACAGUCUGACCACUUGGAACUGAAAGUAGUCAAACGGUAUAUUAUGAUCGGAUUAGGGGCUAAUCUUUCCUGUCACAGAAUAAUUGGGUUACUUUGUUAAACAAAUAUUUUGGAUCACAGUACAGUACUAAAAAUAAUAGAGAAUUCGUCAAGAGUUGCGAUGUUGGUCCAUCAUCUUGGAAUGAUGUCCGGUGUUAUUUUUUUGGAUAAUUGGUUGUUGUGAUGUACUAUGGUGAAUUUGAGAUUUGUAUAAAGGAGUUGGCCUGAGACACUAAGGUUCCAUCAACUGAUUCCCUCUCUGCAUACUUUUAAAUGCUUAAUACCAUGGUAACUAAAAGUGCCUUAGCCACCCGUCACCAUACAAACACUGCUCAGUAAUGUUAAUUUUCAUACAGUACAGUAUAUAAAUUCUUUGCCUUCUCCAUGAGCUGUUAUCCUGGCAUUUACACAGCAGUAUCGACAAUCUUUACUUCAGCCUGACUUAACUGCUCUCUCCUGCUGAAUUGCUUUAUCAAAUUCAUUUUAAACAUAAUAGAAAAAACAAAAUAAGUUGUCCUGUUCACUGCAUAUUUGGCUCUCGCAACUUUUACAGACGUCACUCUCCACUUCAUGGACUGAUUUUUCAGUAUUUUGAGCUGGCAUUGUGGAGGAAUGUUCAAUGUUUUCAGUGAAAUAACAAAAACAACCUUUAAUGUCUGUGAACAUGACAAAAACAAAGCUGUGUCAGCUAGACUGAACAGCAUGGCCCCCCUUGCCACUGAGGAGCAGUGCAGGUGGAAAACAAAUACUAACCAGCAUGUUCAAGUGGAUGGUGGUCAAACUGUGGGUUGUUGGCUGUACUGUACACUUUACGAAAUGGCAUUUUCAUUUUAUAAUGAUAAUUUUAUAUUCAUUAUAUAAUUUAAGUGCUGUACUGUACUGAACUAUGAAGUGUCUGCUUCAUUUUUUUUUUUAAGAGUAACUGCUAUAUUUUCACUAAUACAUGCUGAUGUAAACAAAAUUUUGUACUGUACCUAUUUGUCUCAUUCUUUAGUUUGAGAAUCAUUCGACAGCUCAGUAUUGAUACACAAGAUUUUUUGUCUAUUUAAUCCUUUUUACGUUCUCGAAAAUUUGCCACAGUUAUACCCUCAUGAUAAUAUCUCUUGUAUCCAUAAUUUUCCUAUCUUAAUUCUGGACACCUUGUUGUUGACAGUGUGAUAUUUAAACUUGAAGCAGUAUUAAAAUGCGUGUCCAGAGUAAGCACCAGCAUUUAGAGGAGUUCUACAUCCUUCAUUACUAGCCUGCACAAGCUUAAGUGCAUUUAUUACAAAAAUUUAUUGUUCUGUACCCCAAAUAUUAAAAAUAAAUCCACAUAGUGAUAUAGUCUGAUUUACUUAUUAAAAGUUCAUUUUCAUCACUGAGUGAUGAACCUGGUAGAAUAACAUAGGUUAAUAUAUACAAUUUUAGAUAUUUUAUCUAAGCACUCAGAAGUUCAUGUUAAUACUGUAUUUUGUUUAUGGUAAUUCAUUUUGUUUGAAUCAACUAGUACUGGAUAACUUUACACUUAAUCAUGUUCGUGUUAGCCCACUUUCAUGGGGCGAGGACGAAUUUGGUCUGUGGGAAGAUGGGUCCUAACCCAGUUUCCUCCCAUUUCCCUUUAUCAUGGAACAUCUUGAGGUUAUCUUGAGAUGAUUUCGGGGCUUUUUAGUGUCCCCGCGGCCCAGUCCUGGACCAGGCCUCCACCCCCAGAAAACAGCCCGUGACAGCUGACUAACACCCAGGUACCUAUUUUACUGCCAGGUAACAGGGGCAUAGGGUGAAAGAAAACUCUGCCCAUUGUUUCUCACCGGUACCUGGGAUCGAACCCAGGACCACAGGAUCACAAGUCCAGUGUGCUGUCCGCUCGGCAGACCGGCUCCCAGGAGGGGGCCAUUUGCACCAGCGAAUGGUGGGCGGUGGAGUUACCACACCCUCAUACUCAUAAAGCUAAAUGUUAUUGUACCUGUACUGUAAUAUGAAAUAUUUCAUUAAAAGUGUUAAGGAAUUUCUAAAAUAAUUAGUAUACUGUAUGUUUAUUCUUAUAGUUAUAAGCAAUUUUACUGUGUCUUCCAGGCACCAGCAUUGGAGAAUGGUGGAAAUCCUUUACAUUUAUCUUUUAUCCAGGUUUUAAGUAUGGGAGCAUUAUUUUGAAACUACUCUUGCAUUACCUAAGAUGCUUGAAAGCCUAAUUGUAGCAGUUUGCAUAAUACUGUACAUCAGUUAUCUCAAUAAUGUGUAUAUAUAAUUUUUGAUAACCUGUAAUGCAGUUACCUCUAGAAAUUAAAGUUGAAAAGUGGAAAGAUACUUCAUCUCCAUUUUUAAUUUUAUUUAUUUUUCUUGUCGGGGCCAGUUUUGCAUUAAUUGCGUACUGUAUUGUGUGAUUACUGUACGGAACGGUGCAACCUCUAAAUAGUGUAAAGAUUUUGCUAAUGGAAUAGCUUUUGAAAUAAAAAAAAUUCAUGGGUUUACAAAAACAAUUGCUGAAAAAGGGAACCAACUUGGCAUAGUAGUUUUUAGUGUUGCAUUUUCAGUAUUUUUUACUUUUACUAAGUGAUUGUGGGUGGGAAAUGAGGAUGUAGACAAAGGAGCUUAGUGUUGGCAUGUACAGUACACUGUGUCUAGUAAGUCCAACGCAGUAAUGUACUCCACUCAUAUUGCCAGAACAAGGAGGGUAGAUAAAGUAAAGUCAAACUUGAUCAUGUUUGCAUUAUUAGUAUAAUAAAAAUAAUUUAUAUAUUGUAUCAAUUUGCAAAUGUUUAUUAUUUACUAUACAAAAACUCCCAAGUUUGGUAAUCCCCCCCCCCCUCCCAUCCCCCGCAAUACAAAAUAACAAAUAAAAAAAUCCAGACCAGGUCUUGAAUUACGGUAAUUAGUCUGGAUUUUUGGAGGUUGCACUGAACAUGGUUUUUCCUUACUUUAUCCAGUGUUUACACUCAUCUUGGUUUCAAAACUGUUGAAUAAAUAUUCAUCUUUUCUGUGGCCUGGUGUAUGUAAUGACAUCAAGGCUUUUUUUAUGCUGCCAUUCCUUAGUGCACUUUAUUUGUAAAAAAAAAAAAAUACGGGCUCACCAUAGCCCAUGCUACUUGGAACUUUUUGUUCCGGGUAGUGAAUCUUUAACAACAACAACUUUAUUUGUGGUCAAAUCAUUAUUAGUUUUUGCAUAUAGCCAAUUCUUCAGUAGAAUGACCCUUUUAAUCCUUCAAUUAAAAAAGUAUGUAUAUAUACAUAUUUGUUAACUAGCACUCAAAUUAUAUGAUAAAAUUACUGGAUAUCCUGACUGAGCAAAAUUCUUGACCCCAUUAUAAUUUUGGCUCAUCUGAAGCCAUCUCCCAAAGUGACUCGCCCAACCACUUGGUAGAGCGACGGUCUUGCUUCAUGUAGGUUGGCAUUCGAUCCCAUCCCAAAUUGUUAUUCUGCCCCCCCCCCCCCCCCCUUUCCAUGUGCUAUAUUGUCAUAAUGGCUUGGCAAUGUCUCCUGAUAAUUUCCUUACCUUCCCAGAGUGAAUCGAGCAAAACUUGACACAAUGGCAUUUUCUGGGUUUUUUUUUUUACAUGGAAUUCUGAUCAGAUUUUGUGGCCACUUAGGCAUAGUCCCCCAACACUAGGAAGUUAAUUAUUGGAUGUAAAUAUUUGUUGUAAUUGGUAAAUGUAACUUUACCUAAUGAAUGUUGAGAUGUAGUUAACAAAAAUACUCUUGUUGAUUAUCUUUGAAAAUUAUUGUAUCAUUUAUAAUAUAGUAUGUAUAUCAUAGGCUUGGUAAUUAUUAUAUAUUAUCAUUCCACAUAUAUCAAGAUAAAAAUGACUACCUAAGUCCUUUGAUGACCAAAAAAAGACAGCUAGUUAAAAGAAAACGAAAAAAAAAAAUAUUGGCAUAAAAGUGAAUGUGAUGUUUUGAGACAUAUCGGAUGUAUAUUGAGAACUGAGACUCCUAAGAAUGUUUAUAAUAUGUGUGGUUAUACUGACAUUUUUGUUGCCAAUGUAAAGUGUGAUGUGUUACAGUAUUGAAUAUUGUACUGAUGCUAAAAAAAAUAUUUUAGUUUUGUAUGUAUCAAAUCAUUUUAUUAAUAAAAAAAUCAUGAUCUCUAAGAUUCAACUGAUCAAUGUAAACCUGCUUUAUUUGGUGGAGGAUAUUGUGUUUUGGGAUGGGAAGGUGUUUGGUACACAAAGUGAAUAAUCAUUUUAUUUCAACAAAAAAUGAAAACUAAACUAAAAAAUAUGUA